UUACAUGUUGCGAGUCGGUGCUCAUCAGCUCAUAACAGGGAAGUGCAGCUUUCAGUAAGACUUUACCAGCAGUUGAGGGAACAUGUCAUUCGUGAACACUCUGCGGCAGUGGGAUGAAGCAGUGGCUUAUGUGGAGAAAGGAGACAUAUCCUCUGCUCUCAGGACAUUCCUGGCCAUUGAGGAGAAGAUAUCUAAAAUCAACUACAACAUUGGAUGCCUCCAUCUGCAUAACGAUGACUUUGAUGCUGCUGAAAAGGCAUUUGACAGCAGUAUCGGUAAAGAUGAGCACCUGGCUGUUGCUUUUUUUCAAAGGGGAAUUACAUUCUACAAAAAAGAAAAGUUUGAGGAGUCACUGCUGGAUUUCCAGCAAACCUUUAAGGAGCUAAGAGGGAAUCAACUGAUAGACUACAAACCUCUCGGUCUGAGGUAUAAGCUUUAUGCUUGUGAGGUGCUGCACAAUAUUGGACUGCUUUAUGCAAAGCUGGGGAAAUGGGAGAAGGCCCAAGAAAACCUGCUCACAGCUCUCAACCUCCGCACAGAAGCCAAAUUCAGUCACAUUGACCAGGCUCUGGAAUCCAUUCUGAAGCAGAAGCUCUUCUCUCUUGUGGAGAUUAAACCAGGCCUACUGUUCAAACCCAACAAGAAUUAUGUGGCAGAGCUGGAGAAGAAGGACUACCUAGGAAAGGCCAAGGUUCUGUCUUCUAUUGUUCCAGCUGAUAAUUUCUCUGGAUUUGCCCCUCUGCAGCCUCAAGUUGAAGAUGUACCCAGUACACCUAAAGCUCCUGAAGUACUGAGGGCGCUUGAAGGUGAGCCUCACACUGUUCUCUAUGAGUUCAUUCCUGAGACCAAAGAGGAGUUAGCUGUGUUGCCAGGCAACAUCGUAUUUGUUCUUCAGCGAGGAACCGACAACUGGGCAUCUGUUAUCUUCAAUGAAAGGAGAGGAUUAGUUCCAUAUAAUUUCCUGGAACCGCUGGAUAUUACAGUGGCGUCAAAGGUUGUACCGGUUGCACCAUCCAACAGGAAUGAACAAAUACCUGACCCACCAAGAAGACGAGCACCCAGUAAACCAACUACUAGUAAUGGAGUUUCCUCUGGCUGUAUUGUGAAAGUGCAUUUCAUGUUUACAAUAGUGAUUUGCAUUAAACCAGGACAGCCAUACACAGCCAUGCUCCAGAUGAUCAGCACUAAACUCAAACUGCCUGCUUCUGCACUUACGCUGAGCUAUGUAAAGCCUGAUUCUAAUGAGAGAGUGACUGUUGACGAGUCUGAGAUGCAGGUGUUGUGGAGCUGCGUAAAGAACAACCGCAUAACGCUGUGGUGCUCAGCAUCUGAGGACAGAAGUGAAACUCGAAAGAAAAUGGUGGCUCUGUACUCUUAUGAGGCCUCCACACCAGAAGAUCUGGCGUUCAGUAAAGGUGAUGUCAUCACCGUCCUUUCUAAGGUCAAUGAAGAAUGGUUUGAAGGGGAGUGCAACGGGAAGACUGGUAUCUUUCCAUCAUCUUUUGUUAUAGAUCCGUAGACUGAGUCAUUGCUGAAUGACAUAACAAAUCCAUAAUAAUCUCAUAUUUAUGCACCAGUGUUUUAAUCAGAUAUCACUGUGUGUAAAAUCACCUAACAGUGCUCAUCUGCAGUACUUACAGCUGGUGUGUUACAUAUUAAUAUUUACUAUUUAACUACACAUUAACAAGAGUUUACAAAUGAUUGUAUCAUUUAAAAAUUACACUUAGAAGUGUUAUUUUGAUGCAAAUAAAUCACCUUAAAGAACACUUGAAAACCUGAUGAGCUGACUUUUACAGAAUGCUAAUGAGUCCAUAUCCUACAUUGUAUUUUCCAGUUUAUCUUGCACUGUUGUGAGUUACCCUAAAGCCUCAAAUAAUCAUUUAAAAGUCAGGGUCAUCGCCUCUAAUUUAGUGGAAGUUUUCCCGAACUCCAUGUCAUAUGUCUUUACGUGUUAAUGUCACAUGCAUGUUCACUGUGAUGUAUUUCUAAGUAUCAGGGAGGGUCUCUAAGCUAGCUGAGCAUGUUUGUUCAAUGAUAGGUGGGGGUGGGCAACAUUAUUUCUCGCUAUCCAUGGGUGCACAGUGAUAAAAUCAAAAGAGAGGGAAAUUCUCUAGAUUCGAUUCUGAUGGAAAAGUUUUCUUUUCAAUUGUAAGACAUUGUGAAUUGUGCUACAUGUAAGCAGAGAAAUAAGCGAAAAAGGAAAAAAGCUCAUUUUGAUUUCAUGCUGAUGUUCAAUGUAACUUAUUUUCUCUUUGUUUUUAAAUAAAGUUUAAUGUGGAGGAAAAUCAA